AUGUCCAGGACGAAUAUUACUUUGAAUAAUAACAGUCCUUUGAUAGAUUACCAGCCCGUGGCUGGCUGGGGUGAAGGCGAUGGGACGGGGGAUCCAUUCGCUGUUCGAUAUUCACGCAAUGGAACGGUGAACUUUACAUCGCUUCCCGGCGCGUCUGCAUCUAUGUCUUUUCAUGGUACGGGCAUCUGGAUUUUUGGUGCAAAACGGAGUAAUCACGGACGUUACAAUGUCACGCUAGAUGACUUGGUGUCGGAGGCAGAUGGCUUCGCCAGUAAUCCAGAAUUGUUCCAGACAGUUCUGUUCAGCGCGACGAACUUGAAGCAUGAGAAGCAUACGAUCACCAUCCGUAAUGACCCAACGAGCGACAAUGCACCCUUUCUUGACGUCGACUUCAUUAUCUUUGAAACGGAGACAACAGAUUCUUCCUCGCUAUCGGUGAAGGUGGAAAAUACGGCGUCUUCGUUCGCCUUCUCUCCAGAGUCGGCUUGGAAGCCACUUAGUUUCGAAGAAAAGAAUUCUGUACAGACCGCCCGACUUACUUCCGUUCAAGAAGCAUCCAUGACGCUUGCGUUUACCGGCAACGCAAUAGCUCUCUAUGGCAUCGUCGGGCCAAGUUCUGGUCUCUACAGCGUGCAAGUCGACGGCCAGCCCUCCACCAACGCAACGUUCAACGCAACAUCCAAAAUCUACACAACAGACAGCUUACUGUUUCACGCGAAUGACCUGGGGCCUGGAAACCACACCUUGCGUAUGAUAAACAAGCCCGAGUUCCCUGAGCAGGAGAUGUUUGUAACUCAUGCCAUGGUUGGAACAUCAUUCGCAACAUAUACAUCCUCCCUUGCGUCAGGUCCAAAAGCUGGCGUUACGCUCAUAAUAAUUGUCGCUGUAGUCAGCGGUUUCAUUUUCCUGGUUUUCGCGGGGUUGGUUUUGCACUUCGGCAGAAAACAGCGCAGGCAGUGGAAGUAG